AUGGCCGACAGGAAAAAACGAAAACCGCGCGUGAAAGAGCCCGCCGUGAAAACGGAAGAGGCCCCCGCUUCCCCUCCCGGCUCUCCCCCUGCGACAGAGCCAGCUGAAGGAGGAGGAGAAGAGCCGUCGCAUUCCACGCACCAGUGCAAGGAGUGCGGAAAAGAGUUCCCGCGGCUCUGGGACCUGCGCUACCACCUGCGCUCGCACCAGGAGGGCCGUGGCUUCCCCUGCUCCACCUGCGGGAAAGCCUUCUUCCAGUCCUCCUCGCUGCUGCGACACGAGCUGAGCCACCGCGGGGAGCGGCCCUUCCAGUGCUCGGAGUGCGGGAAGAGCUUUGCGCACUCUGCGCAGCUGGAGAACCAUCGCCGGAGCCACUCCGGGGAACGGCCCUUCGUGUGCCUGACCUGCGGCAAGGGCUUCAUGUCCUCCUCCCACCUCUCCCAGCACAAGCGCACGCACUGGCCAGCCGAGUCGCGCCACGCCUGCCCGCUGUGCGGCAAGACCUUCUCGCGGCCCUGGAACGUGCUGCAGCAUCUGCGCUUCCACACGGGCGAACGCAACUUCCACUGCGAGGCCUGCGGCAAGAACUUCUUCCGCUCCUCCGACCUGCUGCGGCACCAGCGCAUCCACACGGGCGAGCGGCCCUUCCGCUGCGAGGUGUGCGGCAAGACCUUCUCGCGCUCCUCUGUGCUCGCCAAGCACACGCGCAUCCACACUGGCGAGCGCCCCUUCCAGUGUGAGGCCUGCGCCCGCGGCUUCAUCACCUCCUCGCAGCUGGUGGAGCACCGUCGCACCCACACCGGAGAGACGCCCUACCUGUGCUCCGACUGCGGCAAGACCUUCAAGUUCUCCUUCCUGCUGAAGAGGCACAUGCGCACGCACUCUGGGGACCGGCCCUACCCCUGCGCCGACUGCGCCAAAGCCUUCAAGACGUCCGGACACCUCCACAAGCACCAGUUGAUCCACGCGCGCGAGGGCCGCUACCGUUGCAGGCUUUGCCAACAGCUCUUCCCCAAUCAGAUGAAGCUCGACCGGCACAGCAGGGCAGAGCACGUCCAGGAGGAGGGGGUAGAGCCAGGGGGCAGUGGGACUCCGGCCGGAGGAGCGGGGACAGGGGAAGGGGGAGAGGGGAAGGACGGGGAGGAUUGA